GAACAAGGGCGGUGCAGCAAUCGGGUGGUAUGGUCCACUGAUCGAUCUGGCAAAAGCCGUUUCCCACAUUGGAGACUACGUUCAACUGCUCGUAUUUGUUCACAAGUCUCGACCCAUCCAUAGGUUCAAGUUUCCAAAAGAAGGGGAAUUAUUAAGGACUGACAUUCAGGUUGGAGAUGACACACGGCCUUUCUUCUCUGUAUCCCUAUGGCAGAAGCAAAUAGGAUCGAAGGUAUUUGCUGGUGAUGUCAUCCUGUUGCAAAAUGUUAAAAUUGUUAGAUUUGGAGAAUUCAUUGAGGCUAGAACAGUUCAAUUAUCAUCACUACUACGUUUGGUUCACCCUUAUCAGCUUCUUGUCUCCAAAGGCGUAGAUGACUUACUGGCAGCUUGUCGAGUUGGGAAAACCACUAAAGGGAAGCUGAGAAGGGUGAUAGAAUGGGCGCAGCAAGUUGGACCCACAGUUCACCAUGUUGAAUUGCACACUUAUCAACAGAAGAAACUAUUGAAGAAUUGGAAGGUGCAUGAAGACAUAAAAUCUGUAGAUUGUAUUUCAAUUUCAGAAGUAUCAUGCCUAACCAAAUGCUGUAAUGUAAGUUUUUUUGCAAGUGUGGGUGAGAUUUUUAUGCCAUCUUUAUUGGGAAAUGAUAAAGGGUAUGAGAAAGAACGGAUGUUCAUCAGUAGAAGACUGUUUAUGAAGGGAGAAAAUAAAAUAGUAGAAGAUCUCAUUUGUACUGGAUGCAAUUUAUGCGGUUCUCCAAUGGUUUUAGAUUAUGGUUCAUUGCCAGAGAAGAACAUGCUUCCACUUUACUGUCAGAGGAGCUCGAACCACCUACAUACUGUAUGCUUGAUAUAUCGGCCAUUUCUGUUUUAUGUGUGGGACCACUCUGAAUGCAUCCCGCUUCUCGUGAGAAACAAGGCUGCAGAAGUCCUAUUUGCAAACAUCACAGCUGAUAAGGUCUAUUCCUGCUAUAGAUCCCAAAAUCAGAAUCAAAGCUCUGAAUCCAAAGCAGAUCAUAUGAUGGGUCAUUGUGAUUCAAGAGCCUGUGUUCACUCCAAAACUGCUGCUGCUGCUGCAGGAAAGGGGGUAGCUGUUGGUUCUCAAUCACCGAAUGUGCAUGAUGAGAGCCUUACACCGUUAAGUCUCCAACAAGGGGUCAAAAGACCAGACUUCUACAGGAUUUGGUUAAUUCUACUCAAAACAUUGCUUCAACAAAGAAAUAACAGUCCUUUGAAAUUUGAAGUCGCCGUGAAUACGAGCUUGGAUCAGGAGAAUGGGAGAUUUGAAUUGGUCUCUAUGAAGAUUACAUGUUUCAAAAGGAACGGACCUUCAUAUUAAGCAGUAAUGAAAAAACGCAUCCUUCUC